UCGCUCCGUCUCUGUCGCGGCCGCCGCUCCUUCCGCCGCUUACUUUCAAGUCGGAUUCAACAUUGACCGUCGUUGGACGGGCCUCGUCGCCGGGGCGAAAACUCUCUCGCGUGCACGCGUGUCCGCCGUGACGGGAUUAACGACGGGCGACGGCCAAUGCGACGCGACGCUGUCAUGUGUCGCCGCGUUAUGGUGAACCGCGUUAUGUGAACGUCCUGCGACCGGGACCCGGCCUGUUCCUCUCGUCAGCGCUAGUAUGAGCAUUUCCCAGGACAGCGCCGCCACGAUCGUCUGUAGGGAGGUCUUCGAUGCGACUUCGCAUCCGUCAGACGAAGAGGUGCUUGAGUAUGCGAGGCGCUUGGGAAUCGACCCCGAUGCGGAGCCGCACCUCAUGGACUUGGCCCGGGAGGGCCUCAUGGCGGCCCUGCCGAAGGGUUGGCGGCCAUGCUACCACGAGGCGACCGGCGCCUGGUAUUAUUAUCAGACGUCCACCGGAACCACCACCUGGGAGCACCCCUUGGACGCAGUGUACAAGGAGCUGGUCGAGCAGGCCAGGGCUGGCAACGCCAGGCAAAUGAGCGUCGAGGAGGAUUCGAAGACAACAGCCAAGGACUUAGAGUCGCACGAGGAAGCGACGUUGCCCAAAGAAGCCUCCUCCUCGAAGGACAUAACGAAAUCCUCUAGUAAUACCAAUUUACCGCCUACCAGGAUCCCUACAAAGUUAACACCAUUGAAGAAACCAGAGAAACUAGAAGGAGUGCGACGGAAAGAGAGUCCUAGCCAGGAGAAGCAGUUCAAACCUCAGAAUGAUCAGAAGCUGGACACUCCUUUAGCGACCGAUAGAGCCUCCAGAGACUAUACCAAUUUGAAAUUUCAAGACCCCAAGUUCUACGAGUGUCCGAAGCUUCUCGAAAAUGCUGCUUCGACGUCUGCAACUGGAAUAACGGCGAGCACACCGCCGAAAAAAGAGCUAGACUUGAAAGAAGUACUGAAAAGGUCCGAGUCUCUCAGCCCGAGAAACGAGAAAUGGGAACAAUUGUCCUGCAAGUUUAGUUCCGAGGAGAGUAUCAUAGAUAUCGAUAAACUGAGCGCUUCCACGUUGUUCAAGUCGGAGAAGACAGAGAAGUUCGACAAAGAGAAACACCCCAGCCAGUUCGGGCAGCAGAAGGAGCUCACUCUGAGCGGCGGGGGGACUAUGUUUCUGAAGAGCAACAGGAGUAGAGAUAAUACGCCUAGUCAAGAGGCUGCUAAGCUCGAUGACUUCCGGUCCGUGGCGAUUACCGACGAUACCACCACCGUUGGGGGAGACCGGCUCAAGUCCAUUCUCAGGGAGAAGCAGACUGAAGAUGUAGAAGACAGACCAGUGGAUGAAGAGCGUAAGAGCGUUCGAUUCGACAUAGAAAGGGAAGUGGACAUUAAGUUCACGUAUUCAGCAUCAGAAGACGACUGGGAGUCCGAAUCAGAGGAGCAAAACGUGCGGAUAUCCGCCGUUGUCACAAACAAAGUCACCGGUUCGAUCCUAUCCUCUCAAAGAUCCAUUACCCAGAGUUUCGACGACGAGAACAAAGAAGACUCCGAGAGCAAGCUCGACGAAGACACGAAGAGGAGCUCAUCGUCAGAAAAGACAGACCCCUCGAAGAAGAAUGUCAAGAUCGUUGGCAAGAGGUUUGUCGUUCAAAACGUUUCGGAAACUGAACAUCGUAGCCAAAUGGCGAAAGAGAGCGUAUCCAGGGAGAGUAUAUCUAGAGAAAGCAGCCUGGACUACGUACCAAACAAAUUCGACAAAGUAAAAAACAUCGAUCUAGUCUCGAAGAGUGAAACAGACUGCAGCGUGGCGAAGAGCAGUGACUCCGACGAACUCAGGAAGAAUAAAAUAGAGACUGAGAAGCCAAACAAAUCGGCAAUAAGGUUCUCUGAUGAGAGACAAGGGGAUGAUGAAGUCACGUUCGACCUGUCCAGAGUCAUCCAGGGAUUGGAUCUUCAGAGGCAAGACAGCGAAGACUCUAGAACGGUAUCGUUCGGCGAUGCUGUUCCGCGGCGGAAUCGCGGAGGACGAGGAGAAACGGCGAUCGAGGAUCGCGGAACCCGCAGGAAAUCGGCGGAUCGGCCACCGAAAAGAUUCCAUCGGAGACUCUACAGGCAGACCGAAAUUGAUUUGUUAAAGUGGGAGUAUUGUGAGAAGCUGGAGAAAACAGAGAAAGACCUCGAGAAGAAUUUUAUAGCAGAGAAGAAGCUGUUGGAGAAGAAUCUAAGUGACAGGUUGGAGGCGCUAAGACGAGACAUGGCUGAGAAGGAGGAGCGAGAGAUCAAGAACCUGAUCGCCGAAAUGGACGAAUCGAGGCUCGAGAACCUGAAGAAAGUGAAGGCAGAGUUAGAGGUCUGCUACGAGAAGGAGAGACAAGAGAUUCUGAGUAACUUGAAGACAGAACUAGACGAAAGAAAGAGGGAAUUAUUAGAGUUAAGGAACCAAGAAAUGGGGAAAUUAGAAGAUGAGCAUGAACGCGAUCUGGGAGAGGAAAAGCUCGCCAAGUUGAGUGAGAUGGACCUGACGAAACAGCACACGGAGAGGAUCGAAACUCUGAAGAAGGAAUUGGAGAAAGAGUUUGACGAGCUAUGCGCCGAUCUGCGGUUGCAGCAGAGGGAGAAAAUCAGAAAAAUGACAGAAGAACACGAGAAGUGCCUAGCGGAUAUUCUGCGUGAUUUCCGGAUCGACGAGACCGUAGCCACGCAGCAGAUCUACAAGCAGCGUUUAGGGGAAAUCCGGCCCGACCUGUCGAGAGACGCAGAAAUCAAAACGAGGAAGCUGGUUGAUCAGCGAUCUUUCCAACAGGACACCGUGGAUAUCGAAAAGAUGAGGUCCGAGAACCGUCUAAUGCAAGACAAGUACACAGCACUCAGGGAGAAGUACAAUAAGUUGAAGAACGACGUUCGUCUGGCUGUCGAGAGGAGGAGAAGGAAGGUGGAAUACACCACCGCCUCCGAGACCGAGAGAUCGACGUCCACGAGGACGAGGACCGAUCGAACCGAGUCAUCGGAACAAAAUACCCCGGUGAGGAAGACGCGGUCUAGCUCCGCGACGAGGAACGGGAAGCCGCAGGAGGCACAGCCGGCGGUCGAACAGUCCGGGGAUCAUCAGCAGGAGCCGGACGUCUCGGGCGCACAGAAGCCCGCCGCCACGGGGUUCCAGAAAAUGGCGACCGCGGCCGGAGCCUCGAAGAGCGCCGCGAGAAUCGAGUCCGACGACACGAUCACCGCCAGCGAGACGAACGCGAACACGACGAAGAACAAGAAGAAGAGCUUCACCAAGAGAACGAGCAGCCUGUCAAGGGCGAGCUCGAACGCGGCGAAUAACAACAACAACAAUCCCGAGAACCCGGUUGAGAACAUUAGGAAGCAGCUGGAGAAGCUGGAAGAUCUCGGUGAUCAGCUACCCAGCAAUGAAACGGCCUACACUUUGCGAUACCCUUUUCAAGACAAAGCGCCGGUAAACGCGUCCUCGGAGCUGGAGUUCUUCCGGCACCGAAUUCACGUAGAGAGGGAUUCUGUGAGAAGGGCACAGGAGGCGCUCCGAGACCAGGAGGACGCUUUUCAGGGACGCCAGAAGGCUUGGAAACAGAGCAGCGCACGGGCGACCCUCGAACAACUAGUUCAGAAGGAACGCGAACUUUCAGACAUGGAAGUGAAUUUACAUCGCACGAAGAGUCUUUUAGGAGAGAAAGUUAUCCAUUUAAGACACUUAGAGCAAACGCUGGAGAGAGUGGCCAACGCGAGGCGGAACGAGAACGACGCGUCUUCUACAAGAAACGACGAAUUAACUUUGAGCGAUAUGUCUAGCGCCAGCAGCGGCUUCAGCUCUACUGACCUGGGAACGGACACGUUUAUAGACAAACCGGAUCACUACCAGGAGUCGACGGAAAUCAUCGCAAGCCUGGAAAACCUAAACUCGGAAAUACGUGAGAUCUGGAGCGUCCUGAACAAAAGACAGGACAGUAACGUGCCCCCGCCACCCACUUUGAUGUACUCUUAUUUGCGAUGGCUACGGUUCCAUCAUCUCGCUGCUCAGCCGAACAAUGUGCAAGGAACGUUUGGCACUCCGAAUAUACAAUCGAAUAUUCUAUCGCAACUGACAGCCGCGCAACCACCGACUACCACGCAGAACAUAAUCGCCCAAUACGGUCCUAACAGCGGAUUCACGACCAGCGUCGGCACCGUCGAGAAGACCACCUCGAACCUGAUGGAACGAACGUGGAAUCUCAGAGACUGGCUACGUCAAGCUCGCGUCGAAAACACUGAUCUGAUUAAUCCGGGACAAGCGACUCUUUAAAGAGUACUUUAUCGUAUGUUAGAAACAAACAAAUUCGUUUCCAAAUGUCAAUCGCUAAUGACACGACAUACUACAAUAUUUAUCAAUAAGGGGAGCCCGAGGUUCAUCUGAACUGUAUCAAAAGUAUCAGAUAGCCCUAACAAUUUCGUAAAAUGGAUUAGACCACUUUGGAGAAUCUUUAAAAGAAAUUUCCUGAAAGUAGAAGUCGAAUCAUUUAAAAGUCGAACCCAUUGUAGUUCUGAAGAUUUUUAAUUGCACUGGUCCAGAAUGGUGAAUACUUAGAGUAACUGUUUCGUUGACGUAGAAUUCAUCAACCUUUUCCGAAACGAGUUGAAGAACGCUUUUCUCUCUGGUGAAAGUAGUGCAAUAUUAAAUAUAAUUGCAUAGGAUGUUAAAUAAGCAGUGAGAUUUCAGUGAAGAAAUAUUCAUUCUCCUAAGAUUGUUUCUGGCAACCAGGCCCACUUACUUCAUUCACAAAAUAGAUUUUCAUUUUGUUCUUAAAGGAUGGUAGAGGAGUUUCUUUAAUGCAUUUAAUAUAAGUAGAACAAGUAUAUACAGAUUAGGUUUUUUUCAAUCUGAGCUUUUAAAAUGAGAAGCCUGUGACAGGACCAUAUUUCUAAUCAUUAGAUUAAAUUAACUUCGAUCUACACUCUUCUAAAUACUCUACUAGUGGCAGACACAUAUACAUGUCUUGCCGUUUAUAAGAUUGAUGGAGAUAGCUCCUAUACAGUACUGAAUUAUAGAAACUCCUUCACAGUUCAUUCAACAUAGAGUUAUAAGUCUAAUUUACGGACCUGAAAGUCGUGCAAUUGUAUACGAAUCAUAGAAGAACGUAGCCGAGUCGAUGAGAACGUGAGUCUCGCAAGAAAAUUCUCACUGUCGAUUAAACAUUUUUACCUGUAAAAUUAGCCAUUCGUAUCAGAGAAUUCCCCUACCGACCAAAGUCCACAUCGAGUCAUUUGGAAGCGAGUUUCCCGUCGAUCGUCGUUAGAAUAAGUCUCGAAAUGAUACUCGUUCCGGCCUAGGCCGGUCUCGACAGCCUCACAUCCGCUUGUUCCUAACGAGUUCUGUUCGUCUCUUCGCUGAAUCAUCAAACAAAGACUGCAACGCGCACGUAGGACCGUCGUGGCUCACGACGAUCGGACUUCCGAAACAAUCUCUGGACGAGCGUCCGGCUCGACGAUGGCACGGAGAAGCGUUCUAUGAGGUUUAUUUUGCCCAGGAAGCAAAUGUGUUUCAAUGAAGAGUGAUGAACAAGACUUCAACGGAUUCGCGAAGUUUGCCUGUGUCGAGGGACCUGUGUGCGUGUGAUUUCCGCGUGAAAUGCAUAGUUUGACCGACCAAGGCGAAGGACGCGGGCGCGCGUGCGCGAAGGCAACGUGACGGAAGGAGGAGGUGCUUCAACCGUGUGCUCCACCGUCUGUACACGUUGCGCUUUGUUAUUGGCUGUAGCGAUUGACGUUAAAUUCGGUUGACUGAGAAUACUAUUAGCUUUUUAUCUAGUAUAGAAGUACAAUACUUUAGCAAAAUAGAGUACCUAUUGUAUACGUUUAAUUAGUUUUCUUUUAAUGUUUGUGCACUAUUUCGGUAAUCAUUAUUUUAUAAAACAAUUACCGUCCUGAUUUCCUAAAUAUAUCGAAUAACUCAACGCAGCAAUUUGUUUCAAAAUUUUUAGUUGGAGAA